AGACUGGAGUGUUGUUUAAUAAAUGGUGUAGAUUUCUAGGGUUUGAAAGAUUUUGGUAGGGUUUCUUACUUCCUUCUUCUUAUCAAUCUUAAUUUCCAUGAAAUCAAUGGCAAGUAAAAGAAAGAAACAGAUAAUAACUCAACCAGAAACACAAAAUACGGUGAUAAUUUCGAAGAAGAAGAAGAAGAAGAAGAAGAAGAAGAAGAAGAAGAAAGUGGGAAAUGAAGGUGAUUCCGGAGAAAUCAGUAAAUCUCUAUCUCUUGCUCAUGAUAUUAUCAUAAAUGAUAUACUAACAAGAGUACCUGUUGAUAGUUUGAUGCGAUUCAAAUGUGUAUGCAAAUUAUGGCUUAAUUUGAUCUCCAGUGAUUCUGAAUUUAUCAAUAUGCAUGCUCUUCGAACUGGUACUCAUGGGUUUGGGUUUAUGUAUCUUCAAUUAGCUUAUACUGAUGAUGAUAGUGAAGUAGGCAGAGAAAUUGAUGAUGUUGAUGGUGUUAUCAAGUCUAAUGGUAUUGUUUUCUGUAAUAUUGAUAAGAAAGAAAACAAGGUUAUUCAUUUUAAACCUGAAACUGGUUUCGUAAACAGGAAACUAGUAAUUCGACAUUCACUGAAUGGUUUAGUUCUUUUAUCUCGCCAAGAAGAUGAUUUUGGUUUUACUCAACAUGUUUUUAACCCAAUUACUGGUUAUUCAGUUCAGCUUCCUGGUAUUUAUCAUGCUAUCACUGGUAAAAGAUAUUAUCACCUAGCUUAUGAUGCAGCUGCUGAAAAGUAUAAAGUUGUUUGCUUUUAUAAAAGGAAGAGAGAGUUUAUCUUCAAAAUUGUUACUGUUGGUGUUAAAAGUGAUUCUUGGAGGAAUGUCGUUGCUCUAUCGUCUCCUCGUUUACGGGAUGAUUAUGAGGCGGUGUUUGCUAAUGGAUCUUUAAAUUAGUUGACUCAUGAUAGAUAUGGUAUGGGUGGUUGUAAAGCUGAUCAGGGUAAAACUCUUAGUCUUGAUGUUAGUAAAGAAAAUUUUUAUACCCUAGAUUACCCGAAGGGAGUUUCAGAUGCAUGUAAACUAUUGGAGAUGGCAGGAUCGCUUUGUUUCUUUCACUAUGAGUCCACCAGGAAGAUAAAAUUAUUGGUUUUGAAGGAGAAUGAGGAGAAUCAGAGAAAACAAAAUCAACAUAAUGAAUGGUUAGAGUAUAAUAUUGAUAUAUUGCAGAAUAAUGAUGUACGGAAACUCUUUCAUGAUUUCAAAAACUAUAAUUGUGUUGGAAUUGUUAAGAAUCCCACACUUAAGAUCAUAUUUUGGAAUAUGAUUUCGCACAUAUAUGAUGAGCCAGACGACGGGGGGUUUAUUAGUUGUUACAAUCCCGAGGACUACAGUUAUGAUGUUGAGUUGAAAACGUUUGCUUUCAUCUGUGACAAUAUCGGGACAUUUGUCAAAUGGGAUCUCAACUCCCUUCUCCACUUUCAAUCUACAUUUUCUGGUAGUUCGAUGGGUUAGAACAACUACAGUGAUGGAACAAGCAGGAUGCAGGCAGAAUCUCUAAGCUCGGUCACUGCAAUGCAGUGAUCUCAGGAGCUGGACAUUAGCAGGAAGCAUGAAUGUAGCUCAUGACUGUACAUUUAACUUAUUUAGAAUUGGUCCUCCAAGUCUUAAGGAGGAUAAUACAAUUAGGAGACUGUUCUGCUUGCUUUAGAAUGCUUUUGUCAUCUUGUUUGAUUACUCUGAAGCACUAGACAAUCUUUUGUCAUUUUGUUAGUAAACUUCCCAGUGGGUAUUUUUGAGUGUAGGAAUUACCAAUAGGUACUAUUAUGGUAGUCUUAGUUAAUGGCAGGUCCACCCACUAAAGCCCAGUAACUAGAGGUCCAUAGUUUUAGAGAAGAAAAAAAUUGGACCCAAAAUUUUAUUCCCAGGUCCUAGACACGUGCGAGACUAUUGGUGUACAUAUUUAUAAUACCCAAAUUAACCUUUAGUGCAAUAAAUAUAUA